UUCAUAUACGUAUUAUUUUGACUAAAUUCUAUUUCCAUGAAUCCAAAUGUUUAAGCCAACUGUCCAUAUCAAACAGUACAAAAUCUGUUUGUGAAUGUUAUAACAUAAGACCUGUUAAAACGUAUAACCUCUGUUUUUUGUAUUUUCCUUGUUUCACACCCUUUAGUCCCCAUUGUAAUUAUAGACUUAUUUUAUAUACACAAGGUUUGUUGUAUAAUUGUUGAUACAAUUUAAAAAACGAAUAAAAUAGCUUGCAUUGUUAAUAAAAAAGUAACAUGUUUUAAUUGAAAACAAAAAAGAAGUCAUUGCAUGUUCAUUUAUGGUCGUCAAACAGUGAUGCCAACUGAAUACAGAUUCACUACUCAUUUUAUUUUUUUGGAAUUGAACACAUUGCUUACAUUGCCACGCCAAUGGCUAUCAUAUCAUACACCCACACAGUCUUAAUGAAGCAGCAUAGCCAUUUCUAAAAGUGAAAAUAAAUAAUACUCAAUAUUUAAAAAAAUGUUCAACUUUAAUUGUUGCUUAUUUAUUCAUGAUUGCUAUUUAAUGUUAUUGAGAAAUACUUUUAAACAACAAGCUUUAAUCUGGGCUGCUGCAAUCUGUCUCUCUGUUCUUUACAUAGCCUGAUCCAACUCUGGAGAGACAUUUCAAGGGUCACAGGGACAAUGUUACGAGUGUGGACUUCAGCUGCAACAUGAAACAGAUCGCUACAGGCUCCAAGGACUCCUCUGUGAUGAUCUGGAACAUGAAACCUCAGAUGCGGGCGUAUCGUUUUGAUGGACACAAAGAUGCUGUCACUUCUGUUCAAUUUUCGCCUUCUGGCCACCUGGUGGCUUCUGCCUCCAGAGACAAGACCGUGCGUCUCUGGGUGCCCAGCAUGAAGGCUGAGUCAACCGCUUUCCGUGCUCACACUGCCACCGUGCGCAGUGUUUCCUUUUCUGGGGACGGACAGAAUCUGGUCACAGCUUCUGACGACAAGACCAUCAAAGUGUGGACGGUCCACAGGCAGAAGUUUCUCUUCUCUCUCAACCAGCACAUCAACUGGGUCCGCUGUGCCAAGUUUUCUCCUGACGAUCGUUUGAUUGUGUCAUCGAGUGAUGAUAAGACCAUAAAGCUGUGGGACAAGAAUAGCAGAGAGUGUAUUCAUUCUUUCCAUGAACAUGCUGGUUAUGCAAACCAUGUGGACUUCCAUCCCAGUGGAACAUGCAUCGCUGCAGCCAGUACUGACAACUCUGUGAAGGUGUGGGACAUUAGAUCCCACAAGAUGCUGCAGCACUACCAAGUGCACAGUGGUGUGGUGAACAGCUUGUCUUUCCACCCGACUGGUAAUUUCUUCAUCACUGCGUCCAACGAUUCCACAAUGAAGAUCCUGGACCUUGUUGAGGGCAAGCUACUGUAUACACUGCACGGACACCAGGGUCCAGUGACCUGUGUGGCCUUCUCCAGGACAGGAGACUACUUUGCCUCUGGAGGUUCUGAUGAACAGGUAAUGGUGUGGAAGAGUAAUUUUGACUGUGCUGAAGGAGUUGAUGGUGUCAGGCUGCAACACAAAACCACUUCCAGCUCGCAGGCACGACCAGCCAGCUCCACGGCUCACUCCUGCUUUAACUCACAUCAUCCAUCUGUGCUCCGCAGCGAGGCCUCUGAACCAUCAGAACACUUUAACGGACAGGACUCCCACGCAGCUGCCCACUCUCAGAGCGGCAGCCACAGCAGAGCGACACAUUCCCACACCCACAGACACCUCAGCACCAGCUCCGCCUCCACCCACCACACACAGACCCGGGGUUUAGCCCAGGUUCAAGCCCAGUCCCAGGCCUCAGAUGGAGGGGUCCCCCACGGUCUAGCCAGCACCCUGGAACACAUCAUAGGUCAACUGGAUAUUCUCACUCAGACGGUUUCGAUCUUGGAGCAGCGGCUGACGCUGACAGAGGACAAGCUCAAGGAGUGUUUGGAGAACCAGAUGGAGAUCGGUCUACAUCUCCAGAGACGAGAGGAGGCCUAAAGAUGGCGGCACUGGAGAGAGGUUGAGCUGCGGUGGGAGGGAAAUGGGGUCACACAAACACCAUUAACACAAACACGAUCCAGUACUCUCUCGUUGUUCGAUCACACUUAAAACGUGCACUCUCACACGCCCACGUCCCGAACCGUUUUCCCGACUGAACUUUAAAUGCACGCCGAGCCUCGCUGCUGAUGCACUCUGUCUGGUUAUUGUACAAAGAGAUAUCCGAAGUGAAGGAGUUGAAUAUUGGAGAAGUUGUUCUUCUGCAAGAGUGCUGAGAGAGCAGUCCCUUUUCUGCUGACAAAGGACCUGCUGCUACUAGUCACUGUGUGUGUAAGUGUAAGUGUGUGUGUGUGAGUGUGUGUGGGGGCACGAUGGAGUGUAGACACACAAUAAAGACACAUGCAAUAGACUUUCGCACUUGUCUUUGCACUACAUGUGUGGGCAUUUUUAACUCUAUUUGUGCUUGGCUCAUGCCAAAUGGCAUCUGUAUAAAUGCUCUGUGUCAUCAAAAAGCACAUAUACUGUAAAUAGACCGUAUACACACACACAGCAUGUCAUAAGACACAGUUAGUACAGGGAUUUAAUCAUUUUUAAAGGAAUAGAAAGAGGCUCUUUAGGGACCUGAAUUUGACCUUGUUCACUAAGUUUUUUUUCCCCAGAUACUUCAUGUUUGUUAACCUGUCAUCAUUGGUAAAUCUGCUGAUUUAAAGGCAUAUUAUGCAGGAAUUGUUGGUUAUUGUUUGCAAAUACAUACAGUUAAACAUUUUGAAUUUGGCCCCUACUCUGCAGCACAACAGACAUGAAAUCAAACUCCAGAUUCACUCUGGAACAAGCUUUUUUUACUUGCCGUUUUUCCACACUGUAAUCCUAAACACAGUAAAAUUAAAAGAAAAGAGGACAUUAGGGCAGAAGGUAGAGUCUCUGCAUAUACAGACACACUUCUACUGGGUCAUAAGUGAUGAUUAAAAGGAGUUAUUGUAUGGAUUGAUACAUUGUUUCUAGGAAAAUCCUGCAUAGUAUACCUUUAAUUCAAUUAACUACACGGUGCCUUUAUUUUGUUUCACAUAAAGAAUAUGUCUGUGAUAUUCUGUAUUUUCUACUUUCAACAAAUCUUGUAAAAAGACCAAAAACUAACAAUGAAUUGAUUUUAAUGGCAAUACUGUCCAUUUGUUACAUAGUUCAAAUACAUUUCAGUGAGCCAUAUCAAUACAUUAUGACCAACAUGGGCAUUUUAGUUUAUUUUAGUCAAUCCCACAUAUAUUAUAUUCCUGACAUAAAUAGUCGGAUGCACUGAUUUUAUAUCCUAGACUGGUUUCUGCACCAAUACUGACCUUAUUAAAAAAUGUGGAUAUUGGCGAUAACUGAUCCACAAAAAAUACUGCUGUUGGAUCUGAGUUAAGGUAUUGGCCUCAGCAGUAGAAGACAAGUAGAACUGGUAAAUACUCACUAGUGCAGUGUUUUAAAAUACAUUUUAUAUUGUUUCCUGUUUUUAGAGAUGUACAAUGGGGGAUGAACUGGUUCAUGGCACGGAAAGGCCUGAAAAGUUUUGAGACAUAAACACAUAUUGUUGGUUUUGGUCUUCUUGCUGGAUUGUUGACAGUAAAAAAAAAAGUAAAAUAACAGCAGUCUUGUACUUUAAGUUCAAAUGACGGUGCUAUUUCCUACUCUGAGUGCAGAACGGCUGAUUGUAAUUACAUGAGUUUGAAAGAUAAGCGUCUUGUUCUGUCCCUUUGUAUCCUGUGUCUGAAACUUUUUAUACACUGAAAGUAACUUAUUUUGUACCUUGUUAAUAAAUGUGUUUUACUCUUAUUCUGACUUGAAAUGAGUUGAUAAAACGAUUCCGGCUGCUCUUUCAUAACACUGAGCUCUGUGUGUGUGUAACAAGUGGAAGAGGGUUUGUUUUCAUAAUCGUUGCCAAAUCGAUGAUGUCACCGGGUUAUUUUUUAAGAGACUGUUUCCUGCUCUGAUUGGUCCACAGAGCCCGAGCAGUUACCCGAGAAAUGAUGACUUUUCUGCCUUUAUUGUCCUCAGCAGAGACGUUAAGAUCAUGAGCUGUGAGCUGUGUCAUCCAUCGCUCAUUUCCAGC